AUGGUCGUGAUUGGCUUCCCUCAACGGCACGGGUGGCUUGUCGACGGCUCGAGACAACCACGGUAACGGCGCCUUCGCGCGGAUGGGGUCGCUUUUUCUGACGAAUUUUAGGGAGGCAUGAGUUGGCAGGAUAGUUUGGUCUGUGCCGAUGAAAUUAGGGCCCAGAGGCAAAUAAUAUAAAAACAACAUAUGCUACUUUAGUGAGUGUUUUGAUUUCGGAGCUGAGAGCUUAAAGGCAAGCUGACUCGCGAUUGGCCUAUAGCGAUCGCGUACUACCCAGCGCUUAUUGGUCAGUUUUAAUUUCGACGCGCAGACUAGAACUGGACGUGCGCUUUCCAGUUCUCAGCACCGCGGGUCCUCGGACAGCACUGGCCUCCCUGUACCCUUUGCUUUCUGGCCUCGUUCCCGUCCUCGCUCGCCGAGGUCUCUCAUUUAGUAAGUUCCACUCGUCCAAGUGUACGACAUGUACGACAUGUGUACGUUCUUUUCUAAUCGCUAAACGUUUUACUCGUCUUUCUGGACGACGCGCUCUAUUUUGCAGUGAUCGCACCUAGUGCUCUCUUGUGUUGCUGAAUCACGGCAGUAUCUUUUCAUGGCUUUAAAACCAUUAUUGUCACGGCGACAAUAUAAUGUGUUAGGGGUAGUGUAUAGGUUUGACUCCGCCUGUAACGUUCAUCGCUGACGUUACUAGGAGCAGUUCUUUAUUUUCCCCGAGAAGUGUCCUUACCCAAGCAUGCCACUUUUUUGUAGACGCUCGAUCCUUCGACUAA